AUGGAAAGUGAAGCUGCGCGGGAAGAAAAACUAUUGGCAGCCAAGAAAAAGCUUAGGAAAUAUCAAAAGAAAAAAGCCACAAAUGCUUCUACAGAUGGCUCUUCAACUUCAACACGCAGAACAAGUUUGGAGUCUACGGCCGCAACAAGUACCAGAAGGUCCAGUGUAACUUCGGAUUCUGGAAGUGUUAGAACAGAUGGAACUGGACAAGAGACAAGCACAAUCGAUGAAAAUAAUGCACUUACCGAAGUUGUAUCAAGUAACAGCGAAGCACCAGCAACCCAAGUAUUAAAUUUGACAUCUCACGGUUCUCUAGUUGAAGGUCUACAACCAGUCACAUUACCUCAUGGUCAACAACCUCAAACGAACUUAUUAUCAAAUUCAAUUGAUUCUGUUCCUGUUGAGAACACAACAAUAUCUCCUGGUAUAUCGGGUGAUGAACCUUUUUCUUUCGAAGCACUUGCUAAUAUAUGUCGUAUGCAACAGCAAACCAUCGCUUUGCUUGUAGAAGAAAAGACUGCAUUGGCAUCAGAAUUAGAAAAAUAUUCAGCAAUGGCAGAUCGUUUUAAAAGCAGUGAGGAAUUAUUGGAAGAGGGUCAAUUGUUAGUUGACGCUUUAAGACGUCAGAAUAGUGAAUUGGAAGAAAAGAUUCGAAAUGGUGAAGAUCGAUUGAAAGAUUCCGAUGAACAGAAAAAAAAAAUAAUAGAAUCAUUGCAAUCACAGAAUACGCGUGUUGAACAACUAGAAAAAGAUAACAAGCAACUUAUGUCUCAACUGAACAACAAAGAUUCGAUAAUCGAACAACUCACUACAGAGAAAGCCAACAUUCGUUCUGCAUCUGAUGAAGUAGAAGCACUACAAAAAACUCUUCAAGACAAAGAGGAUAGAUGUGAAGCACUUGAAAUAGAAUUAUCAAAUCUAAGACAUCUAUUAACUAAUGCGGAGCAACAGCUCUCUGAAAAAGAAAGCAAACUCUUGAUUGCUGAAAGCGAAUCACGUGAAACUAUGUCAAAAUUCGAAUCCAUGUCCAAUCAAAUUCAAUCAUUAACUGAUGAUAAGAAUCGUGUUAGUCAACAAAUCGAGGAGAAAUCAAGCGAACUUGAGGCUCUGAAAAUUGAAUUUGCUGAAGUUAAUGAGCAAUUAAAAUUAAAAAUAGCUGUAGUGGAUGAAUUGCAUAGAGAGCAUGACAAUUUUUCCUCAGAAUUACAGAAUUCUCAGUUAGAAAAUUCAAAAUUGACCAAACGAAUUAAAGAUAUUACAACAAAAAAUGACGGAUUAUCAUCCGAUAAUCGAAACUUGAUAUCUCAAUUGACUGAACUGGAACAAGAAGUUGCUAAAAUUCAGAGCACUCUUACUUCAUUGAAAGAGAAUGUAGGACAUAAUAAUGGAGCUACAUUAAUGGGUAAUGGUACUACACGUGAAAUUGGUCGACGAUUUAAUGCUGCUUACAAUUCUGAUCAGAAUCAACGGAAUGAUUCAACCCAUCGUACUGGACUACCAUCACCAAAUAGUGCAAACCGUCGACUUUCAUUUUCUCAAUUCAGUGGCGAUUUUGAGAUUGGAAGGUGUUCAGGAUGCAUUGGUGAAGUUAUCACAGUGUAA